CUUGAUUUUGGAGGAAGAAGAUCAGUGGAAUCAAGGUAGACAGAAUCACCCUUGCUAGGUUAAAGCAACUGAUCGAGGAACACAUAAUCGAGUAUGAUGGAAAUUAAGUUAAUAUUCCUCGCCAUAUGCAUCCUGCAGCUCAUCUCAUACACAUCAUCAAUCAACCUUGAAUGUGAAUUCAAUACAAAGUGGUCGUACCAUGUUGUUGGUGGAGUCUACAGAUGUGACGUAAAGUCUAACCUCAACAUAACUUCAACAGAAGAGCUCAUAGUUGACACAGUGACUGGACAGCAUAUGACAGGCGGCUAUACCAAUGGACAUGUCUACGCACUUGAUAUCCGAAAUAAAAUAAUGAAUUACUUCUUUAAAGGUGUUGAGAAGCUGUUUACUGCUCUGCAAGUGAUUCAAGUCAAUGAAUGUCAACUAAAGCAUCUGAAUCAGACGGAUUUGAAGCCAUUUGCAGGUUUGACAGUCCUUGACUUAGAAGGGAAUGAUUUGGGGAUUCUUGAGGAAGGAAUCUUUGAUUUUAACACAGCUUUGCAGUGGAUCUCAUUGUCACGUAACAAGAUCCUGCAUGUUGACUCAAAUGUCUUUGACAAACUCGCGUCAUUGACAUUUUUAAGCUUCAUGUCCAACAAAUGUCAAAAUUCAAAUCCAGCAUACGAUUUUGCAUCUGUAAAGGAACUAAUUGUAAAAAUUAAAGCUGGAUGCCUUAAUUCUGAGUAUCUCAGCCUUAACAGCACCCUCAAGGGAUUACAAAAAGAUUUUAAGACAUUGAAACUUGAUAACUUUAAAAGCUUUUCCGAUCGACUUUACAGCCUUGAAAAUAACUUUACAGGAUCAAAAUUUUCAUACUUUCAGUCAUUUAACGACCGACUUGAGAGACUCAAAAAUGACAAAAAGUUCACUCAACUCGAGAACUUUAAUUCGAUUGAGACAAAAAUCAAGGAACUUGAGACAGACGACAUUUACUUCCGGACCAACAUGAUUGACUCUAAAUUGGACAAUUUUGAUGAGACAGCUGGGUCCGAAUUGGAACAGGAAAUUGAUGAAUUUGAUGAUGAAUUAGACAAGUUUAAUAAUCAGUUCACAACUUGGGUGUCCAAUAUGGAAUACAACAUUGAAAUACGCAAAAAUACGACGAAGAAGCCAAAAGCUAAUUCAGAUUGGGACAAGAAAUUUCAGCUUUUUGAAAAGAGACUUGUUAAGAAGAUCGACAAGAGUUUUAAGAAUUUGGAGAAAAAGUUGAUUAAAAUGAUUAAUGAUAUUUAAACACAAGGGUGGACGCAAUUAGUAAUAAAGCAAUGAAUUUUGGUCCUCUUAAAAUAUU